AGGAACUCCGUUUGAGAGAAUCCAGAAGUUGACGUUUCGGGGAGAAGCUGCUUUCCGCGUCGCUUCGAAAUGUCUGCGGCGUUGAGGAAUCUGGGAAGUUUUGUGGCGCUGUGUGCAAGAGCUUCUUAUAAGCCCCUUGUACAUGGAAGUUCACCAGUGGUUCGGCUUUACGGGUCCUGCCCAAUUCGGAUCAGCAAGCUGGACCACCUAGUUCUCACAGUAAAGAGUAUAUCUGACACCAUAGCUUUCUACUCGUCUGUCCUUGGUAUGGAGGUCAUUACUUUCAAGGGAAACCGCAAAGCUUUGGGUUUCGGGCAGCAAAAAUUCAACCUCCAUGAAGCUGGGAAGGAGUUUGAACCAAAAGCUCGACUCCCCACUCCAGGCUCUGUGGACCUGUGUCUCAUCACCACAACCCCUUUAGCCACAGUGGCUGCCCAUCUUCAGGAAUCAAACGUGAAGGCAUGUGGUGUACCAGUGGAAGAAGGUCCAGUAGUGAGAACCGGGGCAAUGGGCGCUAUCACCUCCCUGUAUUUCCGUGACCCCGAUAACAACCUCAUCGAAGUCUCUAACUACAACGAACCUCACAAAGGGAAGGAGGCUUAGGUCACGAUCCUGUUCAUUGCCGAUUCAUUGGUUUAUUUAUUUAAAAAAAAAAAUUUGAGGCUCUUUCUGUACAGGUGGGCUUGUGUCUGUCAUUUGGGGCAAAAAAAACUCUAAUUGUUCAAUUCUAGGGUGAAAUUAUAGUCUGCGUGGUUGAAAAUAUGGAGUUGUUAUGAAACUAUUAAGAGUGAUGGAAGAUUUGACGCAGUCCGAGUGUGAAGAAGUGCUGAAUAGGCUCAGCAGUGUUGGACCUGUGUGGGUGUGAGCCAUCCACUCACGUAAGAGCAGCCGCCUUUGGCCCCAGAACAGGUCGGGCUUUAGAAACGGGUUGAUAAGAUCUAGAGUCAAAGCUGAGGCCUGAUUAUUGCCACUAGCUGUGGUUGCUAUUUUUUUGGGUUUAUGGAAAGCUCAGCCCUGUAUGACACCCGGCCCUGGUUCUGAUCCAAAAUAGACUUUAAAUUUUGUUUAGUGUCUGUGUAAAAAAAAAAGAAAAAUGGAAAAAAAAACACUGAAAUAGAUCUUGAAAACAAGUUUGUUCAAAUAAGAAAAUAAAUGGAUGGGAUUUUUUUAAGCCUUCUCAUACAUGCUACAUGCUAGUGUUUUCUCUUAUCUGUGCUCCUAGUAUCGAGCCAUGCUGUGUCUUUGAAUUGAAAUGCUGUAAUAAAUGCUCUUGAGUGUUUCAUUGUUAUGUACCUACUAUAAUCACUGGUUUUGCCACCGAUCACCUAAACCUGUUACAUGGAAUGGCUGUUUACAGGAGUGAUUAUUUUCCAAUAAAGCAACUAGUCUUGUAGUUAC